GUUAGGGAAAAGUUGGAUUUGGAAUAUAAACAAACACAAAGUGCGCAACACAGAAACACAACCUCAGCAGCAGCAGCAAUAGCAUAGCAGCAGCUUCAACAACCUUUCUCUGUUUUUUUUUUGAUUCAUUGAUUCAUAACAACACAACAACACACAAUACCAAUGGCAAAGAAAAGGGCAAACAAGGGAGGUAAGGUAUCCUCUAAAAAUCCCAAAAUCGAUGAACCUACCAGGAUUCAUAUUGCCAAGACUAUGGAACAAUUUAAAGCUUCAAACGAUGAAGUUUAUAAGUUUGAAGAUGAUUUCUCCAAUGAACAGCGUCAUUAUGUGCAUAUGUUGGCCAUACAAAUGGGGUUUAAAUCCAAAAGUUCUGGGAAAGGGGCGGAAAGGAAAGUGUCGGUUACAAAAACCAAUGAGAAGUCUAGGAGUGAGAAGGAGUUUGAUGAACUUCCUCAUUUCACAUUUUCUGAAGAGUCGAAACGGGCAUUAGGCGAUUUAUUUGCUCAAUUUCCACCUGGUGAUGGAAACUUGAAGGACAUGAUUGGAGUAAAUAGUGGCGGGAUUGAAAGUGCAAGACAUAGGAUUGAUGAUAUUUUUAGCGCGCCUUCUAUGACAAAAGAUGAAAUUACUCGGAAAUUGAAAACUGUAAAUUCUAGAAGGCAGACUGUACCAAAAUUGAAGGAGAUCACAGAGUUGAGAUCUAAGCUACCUAUUGCAUCUUACAAGGAUGUAAUUACAUCAACAGUUGAAUCUCACCAGGUAGUUCUCAUUUCUGGUGAGACUGGUUGUGGCAAGACUACACAGGUCCCACAAUAUAUUUUGGAUUAUAUGUGGGGUAAGGGUGAGGUAUGCAAGGUUAUUUGCACUCAGCCUCGGCGUAUCUCUGCAGUAUCAGUGUCCGAGAGAAUUUCCAAAGAGAGAGGAGAAAAUGCUGGAGAAGAUGUUGGAUACAAGAUACGCUUAGAAAGCAAAGGUGGAAAGCAAUCAUCUAUUGUGCUAUGUACUACUGGAGUUCUAUUAAGGGUGUUAGUUUCUAGCGGUUCUCGAAGUCGUCGGUUAAGGAUGAAGCAUGGGAAGGAUGGCAUUUCUGGCAUCACUCAUAUCAUUAUGGAUGAAAUUCAUGAAAGGGACCGAUAUUCAGACUUCAUGUUGGCAAUACUCAGAGACAUGCUCCCUUCACAUCCUCGUCUACGUCUGAUAUUAAUGAGUGCUACCAUUGAUACUGCACGGUUUUCUCAAUAUUUUGGGGGCUGCCCGAUUAUCGAAGUUCCAGGGUUCACUCAUCCGGUCCAAACUUACUAUUUGGAGGAUGUGCUUUCUGUUGUAAAAUCAACCGAUGCCGACAAUGGUCCAACGAACAAUCAUAACCUAAGUGAAGAACAGAAGCUUUCUUUUGAUGAAGCUAUUAAUAUGGCUUGGUCUAGUGACGAGUGGGAUCUGCUGUUAGAGUUGGUUUCUUCUGAAGGAACCCCAAAAUUCUUGAAUUACCAGCAUUCUUUAACUGGUCUUACACCGCUAAUGGUGUUUGCUGGAAGAGGUAGAGUUGGUGAAAUGUGCAUGCUCUUAUCUUUAGGGGCAGAUUGCAAUUUAAGGGCCAAAGACGGAACAAAUGCGCUGCAGAUUUCGGAAAGGGAAAACCAACCAGAAGCUGCUGAAAUAAUAAAAAAGCACUUGGAUGGUAGUUUUGACUCCGAAGAAGAGCAGAAGCUACUUAAUAAAUAUCUCGAAAAAGCCAACACCGAUCAUGUUGAUGUUGGUUUGAUAGAGAAGCUGAUAAGACAAAUAUGUAUUGAUUCAAAAGAUUCAAAAGAUGGAGGCAUCCUUGUUUUUCUUCCAGGAUGGGAUGAUAUAAACCGAGCACGAGAAAAAUUGCUUGCGUCCUCUUUUUUCAAGAGUUCGUCAAAAUUUAUGGUCAUGUCUCUGCAUUCAAUGGUUCCAUCCAUGGAGCAAAAGAAGGUUUUUAAGCGCCCGCCUCCUGGAUGCCGCAAAAUUGUUCUCUCAACCAAUAUUGCUGAAACAGCAGUUACCAUUGAUGAUAUAGUUUACGUCAUAGACACUGGACGGAUGAAGGAAAAAAGUUACGAUCCUUAUAAUAAUGUGUCAACUCUUCAGUCAUCUUGGAUUUCAAAAGCGAGUGCUAAGCAACGAGAGGGACGUGCUGGCCGCUGUCAACCUGGAAUUUGCUAUCAUUUGUAUUCAAAGCUUCGAGCAGCUUCGUUGCCAGAUUUUCAGAUUCCAGAACUUAGGAGAAUGCCUAUUGAGGAGCUAUGUCUGCAGGUAAAGAUGAUGGAUCCAAACUGCAAAAUAGACACUUUUCUUGCCAAGACAUUAGAUCCACCAGUUUUCGAGUCCAUGCGUAAUGCUAUUGUAGUCCUUCAAGAUAUUGGGGCAUUGUCAGCCGAUGAAAUGCUCACUGAUCUUGGAGAGAAGCUUGGUUCUCUCCCUGUUCACCCAUUAAUCAGCAGGAUGCUGUUUUUCGCUAUCUUAAUGAACUGCCUCGAUCCGGCUUUAACUAUUGCAUGCGCAUCCGAUCAUAGAGAUCCAUUUACGCUUCCAAUGUCACCUGAUGACAAGAAGAAAGCCGUGGAAGCCAGAUACGAGCUUGCUUCUUUAUAUGGGGGAUGUGGUGAUCAGUUAGCUGUACUGGCUGCAUUUGAAUGCUGGAAUAAUGCAAAACAAAUGGGUCUAGAAUCACGGUUUUGUUCGAAGUAUUAUGUGUCUCCAAGCACCAUGAAGAUGUUAUCUGGUAUGCGUAGUCAGCUCCAAAUGGAACUUACCCGAAUUGGGUUUAUUCCUUCAGAUGCUUCAAGUUACAGCGUCAAUGCACAUGACCCUGGCGUGCUGCAUGCGGUUUUGGUAUCGGGUUUUUAUCCAAUGGUUGGGAGAUUAGGUUUACUCGAUGGUUUUAAAAAUAAAAAAAAGGCUAUGAUUGAAACUGCAAGCGGUGAUAAAGUUCGCCUGCACAACCGUUCCUCAAAUUAUAAGUUGUCUUUCAACAAAAAAUUAAUGCGCGCUUUAGUUGUGUUCGAUGAGGUUACUCGCAGUGAUGGGGGUAUGAGCAUAAGAAAUUGCAGUCUUGUUGGACCACUUCCACUCUUGCUGCUUUCGGCUGAGAUUGCUGUUGCUCCAAAAGAAGAGAUUUAUCAUCUGUUGGAGAAGGAGGAGGAGGUGGAGGAGGAGGGCGACGGAGAUGAAGGGAGUGGAGAUGAAGCCGGAGGCAUUGAUGCAAUGGAGUUGGAUUCUAAGUCCAAUGAAAACUGUGAGGAUAAGUUCAUGUCUUCCCCUGAUAAUAUGGUUAGAAUAAUCAUGGACCGUUGGCUUUAUUUCGGUUCAACAGCAAUGGAUGUUUCUCUGAUAUACUGCCUGAGAGAGCGAUUAUCAGCGGCAAUUUUAUACCGAGUAACGUAUCCGAGGGACCCUCUUCCUCCCAUCCUAGGGGCUUCUAUGCAUGCUAUAACUUGCAUUCUAUCUUGCGAUGGGUGUUCUGGCAUGGCAGUGGAGAUCAGCAGCAUGGACAAACUGAUUGAUAUGGUGGUAAAUAAGGCAAAACUAGGGAAGAAACCAACAGUGACAAAACAGGUUGCUAAGACACCAAAGGGAUCAUCUGCAGAGACAAAACAGGUUGCUAAGACACCAAAGGGAUGCCAGAACUCUGAACCUUCUAAAGCCAGUACAUCUAUGUCGGAGAACAUUGGAAAUCCAAGCGAGAUCAGAUCCCAACCACUCCCGCAAAAUCCAAGCGAGAUUAGUUCCCAACCACUCCCACAAAAUCCAAGCGAGAUCAGUUCCCAACCGCUUCCGCAUUUAACUUGAUAAUGGUUUAAUUCAACAAAAGUUAAUUAUCGUUUUUGAAUUUUUAUUGUAUGUUCAGUGGUGACAGAUAACUUUUACUAGAACUAGAAUAUAUUUAACAUACGUUGCAUUCAGCUUGAUAUAAAUGCGGAUCCUGACCGUGAAAUUAAACGAUGUUUAGCAUAUUAUACACAAUAGAAAUCUUAAAAUUUCAGUCAA